GUCAUAGACUCUGCACUUGUUCUGCACCGUCAUCAUAUUGUUCUUGUAGUCUAUCUGCCUAGAUUCUUGUAUUUGUACUGGCCUCGACGUUUGUGAACCUACAUUCACCAUGGCCAACAACCUUUACGAAACACUUGGCUUGACCAGAGAUACUACUCCAGACCAGAUUCGCAAGGCUUACAGGAGGAAAGCUUUAGAAACCCACCCUGAUCGCUUGCCUCAGGGAGCUUCUGCAGCAGAGAAAUCUAUGUCAGAGGAGAUGUUCCGCAAGGUCAACAACGCUUACGAAAUCCUCAGCGACCCAGAAACCCGCAGGGCUUAUGACCAGUACGGAAUAUGGCCUCCUCCAACUGUCCAGGACAGUUACGCUCAGGGCAACUGGCGAGGUCCUACUAGAGGGCCCUUCCAAGACCCAUCUUAUCAGGACCCUUUUUCCCAACACCCAUUUUUCGGUCGCAGCCAUCAAGCAGACCCAUUCGGUUUCUUCGCUCCUCAGGGUCAUCCGCAAUUCCAUGGCUUUACAGAUCCUUUUGUUCUCUUCAAUCAGAUUUUUGGAGACCUCCACCGAGCCUUUUCCAGAGAUCCCUUCGGUGAUCCAUUCGGGCAUCGAGAUGAUGGCUUCUUUGGUCGAGGGUUCAUGUCUCCAACAUCUAUGCCUCACAUCACGAGUUCGCCCUUUGAUUUCCUCACCGGCGGCAACGUAAAUGCGUACGGCUCUUCUUCUCGUGGUGGCCUUCACUGUUACACGACUUCCACCGUGAAUGGCGUCACGCAAACCAAAGCUGUCCGUAGAGAUUCACAGGGCAACGAGCAUGUCACCUACUCAUACGCGGAUGGUACCGAACGCCGCUUGAUCAAUGGGGUCGAGCAACCCUCACACUCUAUCCCUCGUAACAACCGCGCAAUCGCCCCGCCGCCAAGUGAAGACCCUCCUCCGCCAUAUGACGCAUAUUCUGCCCCACCCGCAGGUUCACGGGGCCAUCAUUCCAAUUCUCGAAACUACGCAAGGCAUCCUCAAUCUCAAUAUCCCUAUCCCGCACGCGAUUAUUCCUCGAAGCAACCGCAGGCGCCCUACGCCUCGCAAUAUGCGGAUCCGAAUUCAUCUGGGCAUCACAACAAGUACAACAGCCGUGGUGAAGACGAGGCACAGGGUGGGUCUGCGUGGAGGUUUUGGAAAUGAGUCAUCAUAUGGUCGAGAUGACGAAGUUACUUGUCCGAAGAAUAAUGAGUGUUCCGCAUACCUGACUGCUUCCACUAUAUUGUUUCAUGAUCUUGUAUACUCUCGCGAUGUAUUGUUGUCUGUAUGUUUUCCUCUGCUAGUGCUAGCCUUAGUACGUUUUCCGUUCCCAGAGAACUCGCCUCAUUCCCCUGAAGUAGCAGGGCUGCUAUCAAUGCAAGA